AUGGAUCCGGACCUUCUCAAGUCAAAGCUUCGGGAGGAAGCCACCUGCUCCGUCUGCUUGGACUACUUCACCGAGCCCGUCGUCCUGGACUGCGGGCACAAUUUCUGCCGCGACUGCAUUGCCAGGUGCUGGACGGAGUUCCCUUCGAACACGGCCUGCCCUCAGUGCAGGAAGGCGGUCCUGUCGAAGAACUGCAGGCCGAACAGGCCGUUGGCCAACGUGGUCGGGAUACUCAAGCAGCUAAAUCACCAGGAGAAGGACAAGAGUGGAGAGAUAUUCUGCAGCAAGCACCCAGAGCCCUCGGAAGUGGUCUUUUGCAAAGAAGAUCACGUCUCGGUAUGCCUGGUGUGUGAGGGACCUGAGCAGCACAAAGACCAUCACGUGGUUCCUCUGGAGGAAGCUGCCCAGGAGUAUAAGGAUCGUUUUGCUAGAUGCAUCGAGGUCCUAAAGAAUGAGAAGGAAGAGAUUAAACGUACCGAAACAGAGAAACAAAAGACAAUGGCAGAAUUCAGGGAAUUUCACCAAUACCUGGUCGAUCAAGAGAACUUCCUGCUGGCCAAGAUACAAGCUAUAGCCAGAGACGUGACGAAAAAAAGGAACGAGAUCCUGUGCAAACUCUCUGCGGAGCUCUUUGUCAUUCAGAAUAACGUCCGGCAGUUGGUGGACAAAAGCCACGGAUCCCUUAAGGAAUUCUUGCAGGUUGCUGAAAAGACCUUGGAAAAGUGUGAGAAAAGACCGAAGUUUAAACUUUCCGAGGCUUUUCCGCUUGGGCUGAAAUGGGAGAUUUGGGAUCUGCGUGAUUUAAAUGUCCUUCUGGAAGGUGCAGCAAAGCAUUUCAAAGGUCUUCUGCAAGAGGGGUAUCCGCUGAAACAAGCCAAUGUGACUUUGGAUCCAGAAACGGCUCACCCCCAGCUCCUUCUGUCUAACACCUUGAAAAACGUGAGCUGGACAGAGACGCCCCAAGAUGUGCCCAAGACGUUCACAAGAUUCGAGAAGCAUUAUUGUGUCAUGGGGUGCCAGGAGUUCACAGCAGGCCGACACUACUGGGAUGUCAUUGUGGAAGGUGACAAGGACUGGGCGGUGGGGGUCGCCUCCAGCUACGUGAGGAGGGCGGGCCAUUUUGCAUUGACUGCCGAAGCAGGGUUCUUUGCGAUGGGAAAGGGGGCGAAGUAUUGCAGGACUCACAGAAUCCCAGAGCACAAUGAGGAGCACAAUGAGGAGAUCAGGAAGAUCCGGGUCUCUCUGAACUGUGCCGGAGGGCAGGUGGUAUUUUAUGAUGCGGAGAGGGCCAAGAAGGUCUUCGCUUUCACUCAAGCUUCCUUCCAUAAAGAGACCCUCCUCCCCUUCUUCUGGCUGAGGGGGAAGACCCAACUCAACAUUUUGACCCACUGA